GGUGAAACAAUACACUUAAUUAGAAGGUUGUGCAUUGUAGCUAAGGAAAGUCAGUGAUUAGUAAAGAGAGAUGAUUCUGCUUGUUGUGGCAUAAGGUCAACAGAAAACAGCCAUUUUAAACCAAUUGUGUAAGAGUCAAAGAUUGAUUUUGGGGUGCAAUCGUCUUUUUGUAGUCACCAUGCACUGAGACUAAAGUGGAACUAGUUUGUCUGAAAAGCCCUGAUGCAGUGGCAUACACACCCACUUCAUUCCCAAAACACAGGAAAAAGUCAGUGUACACUUGGAGGGAACUAUUUGUGUUUUCCAGGUGUUCUUUUACGGUGCAUUCAGACAAGGAGAGCACGUUGUCUAGGCUCCUAUCUGGGAUUUCUGGAAAGUCAGCUAGUAUCAGCAAAAUUUUAUUCUGCAUUUCCUACAAGCCUUGUAGGAAUCAUAAUUUUGCACGUCAAGUUGUCUGUUGAAAUCAUUUUGUAGUGUACUUGGUUUGGCUGGGGAAAGGUUAAAUGUCAUUUUGAUUAAAAACAUUGUAGUUGUUUGUUUGUUUUUAAACUAAAGAUCAUUCUCUAUUUGCAGCCUGAUUGUAGCUUCUUGGUGGCAUAGCAUCUUCCUGUAUUUCCAAAUUUCCUCAGGUUUGGAUUGGGAGGCAGUCUGCCCACCCUCGUCCAUUCUCAGGGAAUCAACUGUUUCACGUGAAAAACUGUGAGGUUUUGAAGGGAAGGUUGCUACAGCACCAAGCUGUAGUAACUAUUUAGGACCUUGCAGUUAAAUGCUCUCCCACAACUCUCUGUCUAAUAGGGUCAGGAGGGCCCUUCAGUUCCUCCUUCAGCCUAGCCACCAGAGAAUCUAACAGGGGGACAAGCCAACCUAAAGAAUAGGAUUCUUAAUGCAGUUCUGUCUUUCCAAAUUGCAAGGUCUCAUUAACAUAAAUGUUAGACAAGCGCAUCUUGUUUGUGAAACACAACACUUAAAUAAAAUCCACCAGUGUUGGGAUUCAUAAUGGCAUCUCAGGCUUGAUCUGCUCAAGUUAUAUAGUUCAUAGAAUUACAGCCAGUAUAAUUAUGUCAGGUUUUUUGCCACGCAUUCUUAUAAUAGUUCACAGGCGCUAUAGUGACAAAGUAUGGCAAAAUAUACCUGCUGUGGCUGAGAUGCAUUACUUUUGCAGAAGUGUGUUUAUUCAACUUGGGUUCCACAUUUGAUUAGUUCUAUUAAUUCAUUGAAAUUUUAGUUGGCCUAUGUGGAAUAGUUUGGGGAGUUUUUCAGAUUUUCUGUAUGCACAUAUACAUCAAAUAUGCAUUACAUGCUGCAUUAACUACAUCAUAAUCUGUUAUUCAAUAGGCUUUCAUAGAGUUGUCACUUCACUCACCGUAGAGCAGGGUUUUUUGGUUGUUGUGUAAGUUUGUGAGAGGUUAUUAAAUUCACCCGCUUCCUCAUUUUAAAGCAAGGUUGCAUGUGUUUUCCGAGGAAAGGUGUGCUUUUAGAAAAUAAUAAGUGUGUAACUAACUAGAUGAGAGUUCCUACAUUCUGAGAAUGUCAUUCUAUAAUUAGAACUCGUUAAAACGAAAACCUGUAUGUUGAAUAAAGUUGUUAUUAGUAAGAACUAUCUUUUUGAAUACAAGUUUGUUUUCCAGUGAGCAAUUUCUAUUAACUGUUAACUGGAUUUACACAUCUGUUAGGGUGUACCUACACUAGAAACUUAGUAGAAGUUUGUACAAGACUCAGGGGCGUAACUAGGGGAGAGGGGGCCCAUGUUCACCCCUCUCUCCGGCAGCCGCUUGAAAUGAAGGAGAUAAUGAAAAAGAUAAGGAGGGUUGGAGCUGGUAGGGUCUCAGGAGCCCGGUUUUUUUGAACACAUUCGCUCAAUUAUAGCAACACCCCUGACAAGACUUAUAAGUCAUUGUAACUGUCAUGGCUUCCCCCAAAGUAUCCUGGGAUUGUUGUUUGAUGAAGUGCUGUGAAUGUGAAGUUAGAGCUCACUUGCCUUCUUGAAGGUGUUCCCAGGGGAUCCUUGGAUCAAAGGAUAAUUCUUUAACCCGUUCGAGCCUGUAAUGUAGAUCUUUCCUUAAGAGCACAGCAGCACUGGAUUGGACUCGAGGAGUGCACACUGGAUUCCUAGUACUGAGACAAGGAAGCAUUGUGUACCUUUGUGCCAGCAAGGACCAAAAUGCACUUUUGGCAGGCAGGAAUACAAAAGGUUUCACAAUCUGAAAUUCUGCCAGGAGGAAAAUCACUUGGGUUUGUUUCAUAAAUCAGUAACAGAUGAGCCACCUUAAAGGAUUUUAAAGAGUGACAUCAUCAGCACAAGCAGUCUGUGGAUUGUAUACUUAGCAUCAGUUUGUUCAGGGUCUUGAAUUAUGCAGGCAUGGGAAUUUUCAGUCUCUAUAUUGUGGGUGGGAGUGCCUGUAUAUUGUGGAUGGAGUAACUAUCCUGUUAACCAAAGGGCUUUUUUUCUGUGCCUUUUAUAGAUCGUUUCCAUGGCUAAACUAAACUUCAAGGCUGCAAAUAAAUUUCUGCUAUUUGCUGAUGCCAUUUUCAGCCACUUGUGAUUUAGGUGCGAGAAAUACUUUUAAUUUCAGUCAUGUAUAGGGAAGGCUACCUCCAGUUCAGAGGCAGGAUGCCUCUGAAUCCCAGUUGCAGAGGAGGAUCAGUGGCAGGAUUGGGGGCAUGGAUCAUCUCCCACAUAUUUGGCUUCCCAAUUGCCAUUAUGCAUUUACACACAUUUGUCACUUUACUCCGCCAUCUCCUCAAGAUCUUCCGCUGUACAAAGUCCUCUCUUUGUGGUGCAGCUCACGCCCACUCUAAAGGUUACAGUUGUUCCCUGCAGUCUAGUUCCAUGCAGUCCACACAGCCUCCAUAGGGUGGAUGCUCUUUGAAUAAUAUGGUGACCUCAGUAUUGAAAUUCACAAUAUAGAUUACUCCUAUAGCAUGGCAAGUGUUCUUGAGAUUCCUAGGUCUGGCUGGUUGCUGACACAAGUUGGGAAGCUCUCCACACCCUUCGUAGAAAUGUGUGUUUUGAUUCCACCACCACCUCGUCCCUGCCCCCAGUGGUGUUUAUAACAUGGAGAUCACCUGCCAUAUUUUCCCUAUUCGGACAAAAGUGCCUUUUUCUACCCUGUUUUCUUUCUUUAAUGAGGACAGAUGCUUUGGGAUAAUCUGACAUUGCUUUUGGUGUUUAAAUCAAACUGGGCACCCCCCCCCCCCCCAAAGCUUAAUUUAGCAAGUUACCUUCAGGGAAGGAAUCGUACAUAUUGCUCACACUGCUGUUGAUCAGAUUACUGUUUUCCCUGGAUAGUAAAACACACAAUACGUGACCACAAAAAAUGGACCAGUCCCUGCCCUAAGCAAUAUCAUGGCAUUAAAUGGUUCUGACAUUUUUCAGAUACUGUUUUCUGGCCUUCUUAUCGGUUACUGAAAUUACAAAAAUCUGCCUUUUUGUUGAAAGAGGAUACAGGUUUGGUGUCAGUGCACAGGUUUGCAUGCAGAAAGUUCUAACUUCAAUCCCUGGCAACUCCUACUGAACGAAUCUCAGGCUAAGAAAGACCGCUGCCCGAGACGUUGGAAAUUGACCAGCUUGGAUAGAUGGCAGCUCAGUGGUCAGUUGCAUGCUCUACAUGCAGAAAGUCCUAUAUUCAACCUCUCACAUCUUCAGUAGAAUGUAUGUCAGGGCUUGAGACUUCAGAGAAUGGCUUCUACACCAGUCUGAGUAGGCAUCUUUACUGAGCUUGAUGGACCAAUCCGAUUUGGUGAACAGCAGCUAUUCCUAUAUGAAUCCAAAAAGACUAUAAAAAUAACUGAAAUUAAUUUUCCCUGUCACUGCUGCUUGAAUGAAGGAAGAAAAAGAGCCCUUGUUUGAUAUUCUACAUAGAGCUGCCACUGUGGCAACUGAAGAUGUCUCACUACUGGAAUAAAUCAUGCAAGCUCAUCACUAUUUGCCUUAUCACCUUCACUUCAGUAAUGACCGUUUCCUACUUCCAGUCAAGAGUAAACUCUUCUAGACCAAGGCCAACAGUUGAAUUCUGCAAGGGAAUUCCCACCCAUGAGUCCAUCACACCCUUAAAAAAUAACAAAACCUUCAUCAUUGCUGCAUACUUUGAUGACAGAGAAAAUGAGAAGAAAACACGAGUGAUUGGAAUAACUCAUCACAAGGAUGUCAAGCAACUUUACUGCAAGUUCUGCUGCCCAUCUAAUGAUACUAUACAGAUCUCAGAAGCUAAAAUAGAUGUCCAUUCUGACCGAUUUGGCUUCCCUUAUGGUACCUUCGACUUGCUUUGUUUGGAACCAAAAGACUGUAAUCCCAAUUUCGUGACAAUACAUGUGUCUCCUGGAGACACAGCUGACCAGUUGCCACAGUUUGAAAUAAAAAACCGGGAAGCCAAGGACCCCCUUGUAGAAUUCACCGUCUGCAUUUCCACAAUGUUUGCAAGGUACGACAAUGUCUUGCAGUUCUUACAGAGUGUGGAGAUGUAUAAAAUCCUCGGGGUGGGGAAAGUCGUGAUCUACAAAAACAGCUGCAGCCCACUGAUGGAAAAGGUGCUGAACUUUUAUAUUGCAGAAGGAACGGUUGAGGUCAUACCUUGGCCAGUUGAUUCCUACCUUAAGGUUUCCUCUCACUGGCGUUACUCAGAUGAUGCCAAAGACCUUGGCUACUACGGACAGAUUACAGCUUUGAAUGACUGCAUCUAUCGCAACAUGCACAAGUCGAAGUAUGUGCUCUUGAAUGACAUUGAUGAAAUAAUCCUGCCUGUUAAAGAUCAAAACUGGAACAUCCUGAUGCAGAACCUCCAGAAGCAAAACCCAAAGAGUGGCGUUUUCAUCAUUGAGAACCACAUCUUCCCAAAAACCAUAUUCACACCUAUCGAUCCAGUCAACAUCUCCUCUUGGAGCGCAGUGCCCGGAAUCAACAUCCUCGAGCAUGUUGUCCGGGAGCCUCCCAAGCCUAACACCUUUAACCCUACAAAAAUGAUUGUCGACCCAAGGAAAGUGAUUCAGACCUCUGUCCAUUCUGUUCUCAAAGCAUACGGGGGAAGCGUUUACGUUUCAGAUAAAGUUGCCUUGGUUUAUCAUUGCCGAGAUCCCCUGCAACCAAGCCUCCCUCGAAGCGCCUUGAUUAAUGACAUUACACUCUGGAGAUAUAACAAAUCGCUGGUUGAGAAUGUCAACAAAGUCAUACAACAAAUAACACUGUAGUAAGCCACUUAAUGGCACAGUAGGGAAAUGACUUGACUAGCAAGCCAGAGGUUGCCGGUCCGAAUCCCCACUGAUAUUUCCCCAGACUAUAUCAGGCAGCAGCGAUAUAGGAAGAUGCUGAAAGGCUUCAUCUCAUAGUGUGCAGGAGGAGGCCAUGGUCAACCCCUUCUGUAUUGUCUACCAAAGACAACCACAGGGCUCUGUGGUCACCAGGAGUCAACACCGACUUGACAGCACACUUUACCUUUAAGAGAGUAAAGCUGAGGGAGACCUCAGUCGCCACUAUAAACACUGCCAGACAAUUCAGUAUGGUGGAGCAGUAGCAUAGGGAACAUAACCUUUUCAUGGCGAUAAAAUAAUAGAGAACUGCCACAUACCAAGUUAGACUAUUGGUCCGUCUAUAUUGUCUGCACUGACUGGCAGCAGCUUCUUUGGCGUUUCAAGCAGAAGUUUCUCCCGUACCCAGUUCUUCACCCCCGCCCCACCUCAGCUGCUGCCGUCGCAGCCGCCAGCCCCUCCGUCCUCAGUGAGUUUCCCAGCGGCAGGCACUGACUGCAGGCCAUUUGGGGGAGACCAGUCAAGCAGACAGGCUUUGCAACAAGUGGCAGACAUUUCCACUCCCAACUUCUCUCUCGCAGAGAAAGUCAACACAGAGAGGAAGGGGCAUUGUUUCAGAACUGACUCGGCUGGGGACAGAGGGGACUUGACAUUUGGUGUCGGUCCCAGGAUGGAUGGGGAGGUGAUUUCCUAAAUUCAUCCAAGGAAGACCCCUUUGCAGAGGAUCAGUUGCUUUCUGGGGGCUUGUUGCUCUCCAUACAGCUCGUAUACAGGAGAAAGAUCGCAGGGAAGAUCAUGUGAAUAAACUCCCUGGAGAUGUUGUCAGGGAUUGGACUUGAGACCUUCUGCAUGCAAAGCAGAUGCUCUACAACUGAGCAUCUGUGGUAGCCCCUUCUCCAAAGGUGGCGUACAUAGGUCUCCCAUCCAAGCACAGAUCACACCAAGACCUGCUUAGCUUCAGCAAGGUGGCUGUAUCAUCUGCUCUGGGUUGUUGAAGGAGAGAUCACUGAGCACACAGAAUAUAUAUGGUGGGCAUAUGCAAUUAUCACGUGUUUUAACUUACUCGAAUUUAGGCCACAAAGUCAGUGUCGGAUGUAGGUACAAAUUCAAAACCAAAUCUUGGAUUUAGGUACAAGAUAAGUAAGCUAUGGCUGAAGGCCUCAUGUUGUGAGGGACCUCCAGAUACAAAAAAGGCUACUACAUUUUAAAGUUUUAGAUAUUUUCAUUUUAAAGUAUUUCUAAUGCAAAUAGGCUUACUGCAAGGUAACUGUUUUUGUUAGAUUAUUAGUUUUAGUUGUAUCUUUGCCAAGUAAAAAUAAAACUUAUUUCUCUUUUCAUUGUCCUUUUUGUUAGCAUAAUAAUUUGUGGGUGGGUGGGGGUUUAAUGCUAUGGGGCCUUUUAAGCUUGGCAUCAUUUAGGGCCUCAGCAGGUCAUAAUCCAGUCCAGUAUCAUAAGAACAGCCCUGCUGGAUCAGGCCCAAGGAGGCCCAUCUAGUCCAGCAUCCUGUUUCACACAGUGGCCCACCAGAUGCCUCAGGGGAGCCCCCAGGCAAGAGGUCUGCGCAUGCCCUCUCUCCUGCUGCUGUUGCUCCCCUGCAACUGGGAUUGAGAGGCAUCGUGCCUCCGUCUGAGGCUGGAGGUGGCCCACAGCCACCAGACUAGUAGCCAUUAAUAGUCCUGUCCUCCAUGAAUCUGGCUAAGCCCCUUUUAAAGCCAUCCAAGCUGGGGGCCAUCACCACAUCUCAUGGCAGAGAAUCCCAUAGAUUAUUUAUGUGCUGUGUGAAAAAGUACUUCCUCUUGUUGGUCCUAAAUUCCCAGGCCUUCAGUUUCAUGGGAUGACCCCUGGUUCUAGCGUUGUGAGAGAGGGAGGAAAAUUUCUCUCUGUCCACCCUCUCUACUUCAUGCAUCUAUAUUGCUCCCUGUAGUCUGAUACCAGGAAAGAACUCAUAUUCCCUCUAUUAGAGCAAUUCCCAGGAAGAGCUGACCCCUUUUAUUUGAAUUUUUGUCUUGAGGAUCAAGAUAAUGAGAUUACUAAGGUGGUGGCGAAAUUCUUCUAUGUCGCUAUCAGAUUAAGAUCCUGUUUAAGAUCUAAUUUUUAGGAGCUAUUGUUUUGUCAUGAUAAUUAUGUAUUAUAUUACUGCUGGUAUAUUUUGCUUUUAAUCUUGUUUUAAUUUUUGUAUGUUUUCUGUAUGGCCUAUGGCUGUAAUAAACUGAUUCAUUCAUACUUCAUGCAUAAUUUUAUACACUUCAAUCAUGUCUUCCCUGAGUCGCCUCUUUUCUAAGGUAAAGAGCCCCAGAUGCUGUAGCCUAGCUUCAUAAGGAAGGUGCUCCAGGCCCCUGAUCAUUUUGGUUGCCCUCUUCUGCACCUUUUCCAGUUCUACAAUAUCCUUCUUAAGAUACAGUGACCAAAGCUAUAUGUGGUACUCCAGAUGUGGCCGCACCACAGAUUUGUAUAAGGGCAUUAUAAUACUAGCAUUCUUAUUUUCAGUCCCCU